CAAGGCAACACGCUCCUUUACCAGCAAUUGUUAACCAAAAAUUCGCCCAAUUCCACGAUCCAAAUUUACGUUAAAUCUGCCCCAUUUCUUACACCUUCAAAACGCCCUGACUCUCAACAAUGUCUUCACCGCCCCUUGCCGGUGACUCCGCCGCCGCAAUGACCUCCCAACCAUGGCCAGAAUUCUUUGACAUCCGUUCCCUCUCCCUCCCAGUUUCCCUCUCCGACGCCACAACUCGGCUCAACUCAAACCUAAAUCACUACCGAGUCAACUACAUCAACGUCUUCCUUAUCAUCCUCUUUCUUACCCUCGCUUUACGUCCACUCUCUCUCCUCCUUGUCUUCGCCGCCGCUCUCGGAUGGUACUUCCUCUACUUCGCCUCCCGCACUUCGCCUCUCGAAAUCCUAGGAUUCGUCGUCGACGAUCGAAUCGUCGUCAGCGUGCUCUCUGUAAUUACGAUUGUAGCCUUCGUUUUUGCUCACGCGUGGAUGAAUUUGCUGGUGUCGUUUGUAAUUUCUGCGGUAGUUGUUGGUUUGCACGGCGUUCUUAGGGUUCCGAUUGGAGAUCAGGAUCCUUACAGUGGUCUUCUUGAUGCUGAAUCUGGAGGUUAUAGUGAGUUCUAAUUGAUUUAGGUUUUAAAUUAUUGUUGAUUUUGUGAUUAAUGAAUCGAAUUGAAAAUCAAAUUGUUAGAUUUUUCAUAUGCUUGAUUUGAUUUAUUUAAGCAUGAGUUUUGAUUGUAUUUUGACAAGAGAUUGUUCUAAUUGCAAUAGCAUUUGGUCUCAUUGUUGCUAGGGUGGGGUUACUAAUUUGGGUUGUUUGUUGUAACAAAAGAUUUGGACAAAUUUUGUACUAUACUUUUGCUAUCAAAUUUGGUUCAAUUGCCGGA